GUCGAUAUCUGGCAUGUGAAAGUGACAACAUGGCAUACGAUCAGGACCUAGCUCAAUGCUAGUACUUUGUUGAGCCACAGUCAUCCACAGCUACACUCUGAUCGAGAAAAAUUCUUGCCCUUUACUUGAACUUAACAAAUUUACACACUCGUAGGCCCAUAACUAUAAUAGGGUGUAUGAUUUAGUUAAUCAAAUAAUAAUUUGUGACAAAUAAUUACACACAUCAAACUAAAGCGUGAAAGGCAUUAUACCAGCAGAAAUAUUUAAUUACACACAGCUAAAAUAUACUCAUAUAACACUGUUUAGUAAUAUUAACUUACACAAGUAAUUAAAUUAAUAAUAUAUACAAGAAAAAUCAAUAUUUUCUUGUGAAUAUGGCCUGUGGCGCGGUGCACAACAAUAAGCUCAAACCCCGCUGUGUUGCCCUCUGCCCAAAUACUCCCUAACGUCGGGGUGGCGGGUCCCUACCGCCAUGACCCGCCUAUCCAUGCAGCAUGGCACGCCGCCAUGUGGAGCCCGCUCAAGGCUGCUCCAGCGAUCACCAGCCGCACCAACGGCCCCGGAGUGGGGAUAGUGCGACGUCCACCCCCAAGAAACAUGAAAGUACGCAAGAGAGUAAGAGCGCAAGUCUGCUGCAUCAUUUCUACCUGUCCCUGCCGUCUCUUCUAUCAGUUCCCCCACCACAUACCUAGCUAUUCCCCUCAAGUGAUCGGAAUUUUUAUAAUGCUCAAAAACUGUUACCCCCCCGCAAAGAAGUUUCACUUAAAAAAAUAUACUAAUGAGUGAAUAUUUGCAAAGUGACACACAUAAUGUCCCUAGGUAAAUACUGUGCUUGUUAUAAGUACUAAAACAUUCUUCCAAUUUUGAUUUGUAUUUGAAACCAUGAUUAAUCUUAUCAUUAUUAAAUUUAUUUUACAAGUAAAUUUUUUUAAAUAAUUAAUGUUUUUAUGUCAAAAUGUCAGUUCCGUGGCAUGUCCCUUCUGCAAGUGGUUUUAUUUAAAUUCAUCUUAUUGUAUAUAUAUUAAUGUUACAAAUUUUAGUCUGAUUUCAUAAUAUUUACAAUUUUACAAACCAUACUAUAAAAAACCAGCAUGUUUAAUUUUUUUUCCUAAUAAUUAAAUCUUGUCCCCAAGUGUUUUGUGUCAGUCCCAUGGCUAAUCGUUUAGUUACAGUUAUUUAUAAUAGAUGGCAGUUAAAAGCCAUCUGCAUAUGCUCAGGCUUGUACCACAAAUAUUUGUUGGAAGCCAUGUUGUUAUUUUUCUUUCAGGUGAGUACAUGUGUGUGUAUGUUAGUGGUAUUGUGUGUGGAAUUUGUGUUGUAACCAACAAGGUGGUCAGUCCCAAGCUGGCUGUGAAAUCUUUUUACGGAAAGAUAACUUCAUGGUUUUAUUUAUUUUACUUUCCAGAUAUGUUACUGGAAUAAUGGCCCCAAAGAAGGGAAAUGAAGAGAGGCUGUCUAGAAAGAGAGAAAAGGAGAGAGAACACAGAAAUAGAAUCAGGUAAGCUUCUUAGAAAAGAGAAGAGCAACGGCAAAAAGAAAGGCAAAAAUACUUGAGGCAGAAAGAGCAGAAGUUACGAAGACCGAUAACAGAGUUGAAUCCUAGAGAGCAGCGUGCAAAAAGAAGACAGUGGAAAGCCUACCAACAAAGUUCAAGAUUAAGAAAAAAACAAUCUGUUAAGGAAAAUGAAUUUUUAGAAGCACACACACCUACAAAUUCAGAAAAUGAAAUUCAACCUCAAAACUGUUCAAGAUCCGAUUCUGUCAAGCGGCAACGUAACAAAAAUAAAAUCAAAAGACAUAGAGAAAGACAAUCCUUAAAGAAGAAGAUUAGCACUCUCAAAAAAACUUAGACAAAUAUAAGAGGCGAUACAAAUUUUUACAAAAAAAGAAAACCUGCAUAGUGAAAACACUUCAACACCAAAAACCCGUGUGAAAAAUCUUUUAAGAAAGUCAAAGCCAUGUUGUCAAAAGGCAGAAGUAGUCAAGAAACUUGUUUUAGGUUAAGUAAUGAAGGAUCAUUUAUCAAAAAUAUACAAAGAUCUAAAGUCUAAUAAAGAGAGAUAGGUUUUUAAGAAAACUAUGGCUGGAAAGAUUUUGAAGAAAUACCGUUUACAAUCAGCUUGCGCAAGAGUUUUUAGAUACAGGAGGAAUAAGCCAUCAUUUGAAACAAGAAAUAUUUUGAAGUAUGAGUACAAAGAUAAAAUGCUUACAUCCAUGAGAAGAAAAAUAGCAGAAUUCCUUCAAGAAGAUAUUAGCAGUAGAAUAUGCCCUGGCAAGAAAGAUUUCAUCACACGGAAAAACGUUAGAAAACAAAAGCGUUAUCUAACAGAUACUCUAAAGAAUCUACAUCAGCAAUUUUUGAAGAAGUACCCGGAAACAAAAGCUAGCUAUAGUUUUUUUUGUCUAAACCGCCCUUUUUGGGUGCUCCCACUGAAGGUAGAGGAAAGAGAUACAUGUGCAUGUGCUGUACAUGCAAACAUGAAACUGAUUGUAGAGGCUUUGCAUUUAAAUGGCAUGAUCUCUGAACAAACAACUUCUGAUGUUAUCAAAAUUUUUUUUGCUGUUCUUACAAAAAUGAAGAGUGUUUGCUGCGUGACUGUAAGAACUGUCUAGAAUUUGGAAUAAUGUAUAAUGAGUUUGAAGGCAACCAGCCAGUAAAAUUUCAACAGUGGGUACGUGGGAAAGUGCACUACAUAGAUAAAAAGACAAAAGAAGUGAAGACAGCCGUAAAAGUAACAAAACAGGGUAAGGAAUCAACACUACUGAAUAUUGUGAGUACGUACGAAGAGUAGCUUUCUCGAUUUCUACAGCACGAAGGUACUAUUCUCCACCAGUUCAACGCCAUGUCUCAACUGAAAGAUAAUUUGACAGAUCACGAAAUCAUCGUACAUUGCGACUUUAGUGAAAACUAUAAUUUAAAGUUUGCAGAAGAAAUCCAAUCAUUCCAUUUUGGUGGUGCACGGCAACAAAUAUCAAUGCACACUGUUGUUGUUUACAGAAAGUCCUCCGAAACACUAGAAACAAAAUGUUUCUGCACAGUAUCAUGCUCUCUGCAACACAAUGCUCCAGCAAUAUGGGCUCAUCUGUUUCCAGUGAUGAAUGUUGUUGUUCCAGAUAGUAUUCACACUGUACAUUUUCUUAGCGAUAGUCCAUCUGGCCAGUACAGAAACAAAUCAAUGUUUUUGUUUCUAGCCAAUCACAUAGGAAAUCGUUUUACAGGUGCUACAAAUGUUACAUGGAACUAUCAGGAAGCAGGCGCACCUGAUGGAAUUGGAGGUGUGUGCAAACGCACAGCAGACAGGAUUGUGGCUCAAGGAAGGGAUUUGCCCAACAUAGAUACUUUGGUCGAUGUUCUUCAAGAGCAUUGUCUGGGAGUCAAAAUUUUUUCAGUUUCCGAAACAGAGAUCACAAAGAUUUCUGAUGUGAUUGAAAAAGGGAAAGUUUUGCCGUUUAAGGGAACACUGAAAGUUCACCAGGUGAAAGCAACCAAUAAUCCAAACCGGCUUAGUCUGCGAAGACUAUCAUGUUUCAAUUGUUCAGAUAAGUGCGGUCAUUAUGAGAUUGGUACACUGACGUAUGAAGAUUCACCAACAUCAGGUCUUGAUAGUGAGGAAGAGCUGGGUAUGAUUUCCAGCUACAGCAGCUCGCAAAUUCAAUACGAGGACGUGUAUACCGAUACUGAAACUUUAUGCACAGACACUUCUGAAAAUGAUUUUUCAAGUGUUACUACAGGAAUGUAUGUGUUAGUAGAAGUUCUCCAGGUUCAUACAAAUAAGAAGAAACAAGAAUAUAGUAAUAAGAAGUACAUGUACGCAGCACUUUGUCAAUCCAGAGUUGAUGAAGAUGAUGAAAUAAAAGUUGUAUUUCUUAAACUUGUAUCAAAAAAUGAAAAUGUGUUUCUCAUCGAUGACACUGACGUAUCAUACAUUAAUACAGAGAAUGUUCUUCCCCAGCCAUGUCUUCUUGUUAAAGGGAACAGACUUUAUUAUAAGUUUCCUUCUUUUGUUGAAGUGCACGAGCGUCAGUGACUUAAUGAAUGUUGUACCAAAAUUCCGUUUUCCAAAGCAUUUAUUAUUUCUUUGUCAC